GUGAGGCAGAUGAUUCAUGGAUUCUGGUCAGGGGCGGGGCCUAAUGAGCGUUUUUAAAGGGCGUUCAGCGCUGAACGGACUGACUGGCUGGAAGUGACAGAAAAACAUCAAGAUGAUCACUGUAAUCAAGGAUAAGGAUGCCUUUGAAAGCGCCCUGAAGGACGCAGGGGACAAGUUGGUGGUGGUGGAUUUCACAGCUACGUGGUGCGGCCCCUGCCAAAUGAUCGGCCCUAUCUUUAAAAAAACCUCUGAAGAUCCAAACUUUAAAAAUGUUGUGUUUCUAAAGGUGGACGUGGAUGAUGCGCAGGAUGUGGCCAGUGUUUGUGGCAUCAAAUGCAUGCCAACUUUCCACUUCUAUAAGAAUGGGGUAAAGGUGCAUGAAUUUUCCGGGGCUAGCGAGGAGACACUGCUGCAAAACAUAACAAAGUUUAAAUAAAGCAACACUCACAAACACUCACACCAGAUAGCUUAGGAUUUCUCAGCUCUCUCCUGCCUGGAAGCUGCAUUGUAGUCUUUUCAUUAUCCAACACAUUCCUCCUUUUUUCCAGUUUAGCCUCAUACAAAGGUCUUCACUUACUGACAUACUGUCAUUGUUUUUUUUUAAAAAAGAAAAACAUUAAUGGUUACCACAAAUGGCAAAUCAUGUAUUUAUGUUGACCUUUUUAUAUAACAGACUCAAUAAAUAAAAUGAAAUGGUGAUGAAUAA